AUAUUUAAGUCCGAGAGGGAGUAAUUAUAUAUAUUGAGGAAAAGUAAAUAGUAAUAAUAGCACAUACAUACUCCAUAAUUCCAUAAUUGUAAACCAUUUUUUUUCUGUUUUCACCUACAAAUCUCCCAGUCCCUUGAUUCAAGCUCCCCCAACCAUUUCCUCCAAAUACAACCGUUUCCAUUUCAAAAUCCCUCCUUUCAUUUGUUCCUCUUCCUCUGAAUCCUCAACCCUCCUCUCUCACUCCUCGACAUGACGCAGAUGGUCCUUCUGCGCUCGCCGCCGGUCACCCGCCGCAGGGGGAGGCGCGGCGUGGGCGAGGUUGCCGGCAGCGCGACGGCGGAGUGCGCGGCGGUGUGCUGCUGCGUGCCCCUCACCGUCAUGGACAUGGUCGUACUCGCCACCUACAAGCUCCCCGCGUGCCUCCUCAAGAAGGCAAUGCACAAACGCAAGCGACGCCUUCUGCAGAAAAAAAAGAAGAAAACCGAGGCGCUCUUGGAUCACGGGCCCGUCACCGCAGACAAUGCUGGGCCUGGGCCCAAACUGGAAGAUCAUCUUGCGAAGGAGGUCGCGGAGGAGAAGCUGGAGGCGUCGAGGUUGGAAGCGGAGAUGUGGGCCCAGUUCAACGGGACCGGGUUCUGGAGAAGCGCUUCUCAGCGCUACCAACAACAACAAACUGGUGAAUCAUGAUUUGUGUACACGUGUCACAUUUCCAUUCGACGAGAACUCAACGAAGAACGCCUUUGGAGUCUGACGUGGAUGUAUGCGCAUUCAUUUCCCUAGAUUGUAGUAUGCAUGAGACAGUAAUAAUUAAUCUGCCAUGAUAGAUGAUACGAAAGCUGAUUCGGGUCCGUCAAUUGUAUUGGUUCAAUUGAAUCUUGGUGGCUUAGAUGGAUUUUAUUAUUGGAUCAAUCAUAAUAGAUGAUACUUGUGAAACCAUUUGGGUCGGUCAAUUGAAUUGGUUCAAUUGAACCUUGGUGGCUUAACUCAAUGGAUUCUAUUAUUGGAUCAAUCAUGAUAGAUGAUACUUGUUAAACCUGAUUCGGGUUAGUCAAUUAGAUUGGUUCAAUUGAACCUUAGUGGCUUAACUAGAUGGAUUCUAUUUAGUCAAAUCUAAUAGGUUAGAUAUCGGAUUCCGGUUGGACUUAUGAUGACUUGAUCGAUUAGGUAUCGAAUCUCGGUUGGAUCGACCUGACUCGGUCGGUUUAAAAAAAUGAUCCAUCUUUUUGUUUUUA